AUGAUAGGAAGUGUCUUUCUGGGAGAUGUCCAGCGGCAUCGUCUGCUCUCCGGAUCGACGCCACCGUCGUCCCCACCUCCUCCCUCUCUCUCCCCAUCCAGCACAGCCGCCCAGCCAUUCCCCUCUGAAGUCUACGAGUCCCCCAAACAAUCGCCAGUCACGAUUCCACCACGCCCACCACCCACCAUCGAACCCGUGCAGUCCCUAGAGCUGCGUCUGCGAUGGUUAGAGGCUCUGCUGUAUGGAGUGAAACCAGAGAAGACGGUGAAUCACCAUAGGAGGGGCUCUCCAGGCACGCAUGAUAAGGCGCACGGACUGAAGAAUGGAGAGACCCUCAUGCGUAGCACUGAGGAGCUGCAGCGAAAGCUGAACACGGUGGUCGAGGGAAACGACGGCCUCCGACGUUUCAUGAGUCACUACGAGCAACAUGCGAGCCUGCUCACGCCCGCAUUUGCCCUCUCCGGCACCCUCCCCACGUCGCCACCGGCGUACCAGAACAUGUCUCCCAGCGAGCUCGAGGCGUUCCUCGCCGAGUUGGAACCCGACAUCCGCGCCGCAGAUCGCGACAUGCGCGAGAUCGAGAUGCUCGAAAAGAAAGGCGUGACCGGCGCCGGAAAGCUGCCAGAUUACGAAGCGCUACAGCCGCGCCUAGAAGCGCUUUUGCAGAAGCAUCGAGAAGAUCUCGAGCUCGCGUCUGCGCUCGAGACGCGGAUAGCCGCCCUGAUGCGAAAUUACGCCAACCAGGUUGACGUGCUGUCAGAGCUUUUCGUGGAAUGGGACGGAACGCUACGUGAUGCCGAAGACAAGGUCACCCUCUCAGAGCGCGAUCGGGAGGAGAGGAUACGCUUGGGAUACGAGUGA